CCGUUUUCCUUCCCGGGUUGCAUUCUGGGAACUCCAGUUUUUUUCUCUCCCUGUGUAAAGAUGGACGGCGUGCAGCCGCCUCCCCUCCGCAGCCUGGAUGACUUCCUGCUCAGCUCGGCCCGGUUCGCGGUACCGGACGUGCGGGACCUGGACCGCUGGAACAACCGGAUCAUCAACAACCUGCUGUACUACCAGAGCAACUACUUCCUGAGCGGGGUCCUGCUGCUGCUGCUGGUGGGGUACUUCCAGCCCCUUCAGCUGUUCGUCGGGGCGACCGUGGUCACCUUGUUGUUCCUCGGUUUCGUCUGGGCCGCUGAGAAUCAAGCUCCUAUUCGCCGUUUCCGUAGAAACCACCCGACCGUCGCUGUGUUGGCCAUCCUUCUGUGCAGCUACCUCUUCAUAUCGGUCCUGGGAGGCGUGGCCGUGUUCCUGUUCGGGAUAGCCUUCCCGAUACUGAUGGUUCUGGUCCAUGCGUCCAUGCGGCUGCGCAGCCUGAAGAACAAACUGGAGAACAAACUGGAGAGCAUCGGGCUGAAGAGGACGCCCAUGGGACUCCUGUUAGAGGCUCUGGGACAGGAACAGGAGGCCGGGUCGUAGAGAGAGAGGGAGAGAGAGAGAGAAACAGACAGAGGAGAGAGGGAGGGGAGAAAGAGAGAGAGAGUUUCUGCAGGGUGAAAAGAGUAAAAACAUGAAAACGCAGUAAAAAUAAAGAGUCUGGAGCAGUGAGCAGGUUUGAUAAAAAGUUAAACAUUGUGUUGUCCAAUGAGAGGAGAGGACAGAGAUGACAAAACGAACAAAUGAUGGAAUCCUCUAAACUUGCACUUUAAGCACAUUUAAUCUUUACUCUGACGUGAGACAUUUCUGUGUUUGCACUCCGUCCUUUAAGCGUGCAUCAAUGCAGCCAUAUUUACAUAUUUACAUAUUAACAUGUUCACGUACCGCCUUUAAGCUAACGUAUAAACAGUUUGCCAGCAGACGCUCCUUCAUUCUGCAGGUUAAAUCUCAGUUUGUUUGAAUGUGCUGUGUUUGAAGAGUAACAGCUGUUUGUGGUUUCUGUAAUCACGCGCCGAGCCGGGAUCAAAACAACUUUUAACAGACGCACUCUGAUCACGUAAACUCGAGAGGAAAACGAUUUAAAGAGAAACGUAUUGAUGUCCGGUUCGGUUGAAGGAGGUGAAAGAAGAAGAAGUGCAGCGCGGGGACGUUAAAGCAACUUGAACUUAUUUCAGUGACUUCAAAUGAAUUCCAUUCAGCGUGAUUUUUGUGUUUUGCUAAAAAAAUUUAAAAAGACUCAAAUGAAGGAGGUGAAGUGAGAAGAAAGUAGAGGCCUGGUGUCCACGUGGCGUUUGUUAAAGGCACUGAAGUGCCAGCUGUGUGCUCUGGGGCGCUUAAAAUAAGUGUCUGCACGUCCGUCCUGUCUCCAUGACAACAGUCUGUUGAUAAUGGCCGCUGUAUGACCGACACUCCUACGUUACUUUUUACUGCAUGUUUUAUAUUUGAGGUCGUUUAUUUCGCUGAUCAGACGCAGAGCGAGGAGGAUGAGGGUACAAGACACGAUCUGUAGGCGGCUAAACUGCAGGAAUAUAAAACAUUUGGAAAAGAGCGCUGGUGACGUCAGCAGCGCCUUUCUGAAAUUUGAACGAUUUUCAACUUGAGCGCUCGGAAAAAGACGCUGGGCGCUGCACUAACUCUCCAGACACUCUCUACUCAGAGAGAACAAUUUGAAAAAAGGCGCUGGCGCUCAGAAAGUAACGUUAGGUGGACACGUCGCCUAAUCCAUUCUAAAAAAUGGGAUUAAGAUCCUCGUCUCCAGACAUCAACUGACUCUUAACUAUUGUUAUAUUUAUGUCAUCUUAUUGUCUCCUGGUCUGACGGACGACUGAUCCAUUAAGAAGUUAAAAUAAAGAGACUUCGGUGUUAGAAGAAAAUGUAUUAAACACUUUGUUGAGAAGGAUCUUCUUUUUUUAAGGUCUAUUUUUGGGCUUUUUAUUCCUUUAUGUAGAGAGAGGACAGUGAGUCAGAGAUCGGGGGGGGGGGGGCAGCUACAGGUCGGAUUCCAACCCAGUCCUCUGUGUGGAGGCACGCACUCUAACCACUAGGCUACCGGCGCCCUGAGAAGAAUUCUCUGAUGUUUAAAGCAAAUCAUUUUGUACUAGAAAAACAGAGUGAAGGUCUUUGACAAAUUUAAAGCUAUUUAAUGCAUUAAAGCUGCCUUUGUUGUUUGACCGCAGAUUAUAAGGCUAAUUUUAAAGGUUACAUAUAUGGAAUCCACUUCCCCAUGUUCCUCUAACUCUAACAUGUGUCUCUAGUCCAUCUACAAACCCCCCAUGAUGAGAAAAGU